AUGGAGGAGGAGGCUGCGAGGAAGAGGAAGAUGCCUUGGGCCCCCCAGGCAGGCCCCGAGCUGAGGACAGAGAGCCCGGAGGACAAAUCCCCCCGUGAGACCCUGGUGGGAGAGGCCGUUUUGAAGGGCUCCCCGGCGCAGGAAGGCAGCGGGGAGGAAAAGGGCCGGAGAUCCCCCCGCAGGAGGGGCUCCAAAGCCAGCCCAGGGUGCUCUGAGGAGGAAAGACCCAGCCUGUGCUGGGAAGGGGGCCGGAGCUUUAGGGGGAGCUCUGAGCUGGUGGUCCCUGAGCAGCCUCCCAGCAGGGAGAAGGCCUUCAAGUGCUUGGAAUGUGGGAAGAGCUUCAGCACAAGCACCAACCUUCUGAAGCACCAGCACAUCCACACUGGGGAACGGCCCUACACCUGUGGGGAAUGUGGGAAGAGCUUCAGGGACAGCUCCACCCAGAUCCGUCACCAGCGCAUCCACACUGGGGAAUGGCCCUACAGGUGUGGGGAAUGUGGGAAGAGCUUCAGGGACAACUCCACUCUGAGCCAACACCAGCUCAUCCACACGGGGGAACAGCCCUACUCAUGUGGGGAAUGUGGGAAGAGCUUCAGGAAGAGCUCCCACCUGAUCCGACACCAGCACAUCCACACUGGGGAACAGCCCUACAUGUGUCAGAAAUGUGGGAAGAGUUUCAACUGCAGCUCCAACCUCCUCACCCACCAGCACAUCCACACUGGGGGACGGCCCUAUGAGUGUGUGGAAUGUGGGAAGAGCUUUAACUGCAGAUCCAACCUGAUCCGACACAAGCACAUCCACACUGGGGAACGGCCCUACAAGUGCUUGGAAUGUGGGAAGAGGUUUCAGAGCAGCUCAGAUCUCCUGAAGCACCAGCGGACGCACACGGAUGAGAGGCCCUUCCGCUGCACCGACUGCGGGAAGGGCUUCAACCAGAAUGGCAACCUCAUCACCCACCAGCGCAUCCACACCGGGGAGAGGCCCUACAAGUGUGGGGAGUGUGGGAAGAGCUUCACCCAGAGGGCUGGCUUGACCCAACACCAGCAGACCCACCAGUAAGAGAACCUUGUGAGUGCCCCGACUGCAGGAAGACCUUCGGCUGCUGCUUCCACCCCGAAUGAACCCCCUGAUUUGGAGGCAACCCCUGGAGUCCAGUGGCUGUCAGUCCAUCCCUUUCGACCACAAAGAGCCAGUCCCCUUUCACAGGGGCAGGUUCUUCCAACAGAACCCUUCCUGGGGGGUGUGUGGAGAUUCCUGCCUUGGCUGGGGACCCCCCAAGGUCACUGCUGGAGGUUGAGAGCAGAGAUCUCCCCAUGAGCACUGGUCUGGGGGAGUUCCAUCCCUCUCUAAUUAAGAAUUAUUGCUUUUGUGCCAGCUUUAGUAGAAUUGCUUCAACAAUUGCUUUAGUGUAGAGCACUGUCCUAUCUUAUCCUGUACUCCUGGUAGUUUUAGU